CACUUCGUAUCCUUGAUUUCAUUUAAAAGAUUAAAUUUUUUUUCUGCAAGUUGUAUCAGAGGCGAGCUAAAUUCCAAAUCGAACGAGUUUAAUACCGCGUGUGCGGUAAGAACGUGCGAUCGUUUGAACGGCAUCCGCGAUGAUUCGAGAGAUUUCUCGGAGCCGUACUGAAUUAUGUCAUACGUGCUCGCAUCACUUGGUCGGUAAAUAGGUUACGCAAGAUGGAUCGCGGAUAUCUACUUCGCGCGCUAUUAACCAGGCCGGCAUCGCCGGCGUGUGUACACACGUUGUUCGCGAGUAACAGCCAGACUAAGCGCAUGAUAAACAGACACGAGGGAGAAGUCUCUUCAGAAGUGCACCGGGACUGCCCACGUUGUUGCAACUAGGCGUUGCGCAUGCCUUGGCAUUUACAGAUCGGCACCUCGACCGAGUGCCGCUAUAGGAGCGUCUCCCUUCCUCCCUCUCUUUCUCUCUCUCUCUCUCUCUCUCUCUCCGAGAUGUGAAAUUCAUUUGAGAUGUAAGAAAAGAAGUUUCAUCUCACUGUUUUUUUUUCCUACAAACUUGCUUGAAUGCAUAGAAGCAUUCGGCGACUUACUGGCCUUUUUCAGUUUUUGUGCUCGAGGCACGCGUGUCAAGCGCUGCUAGCUGUCAAUUAUGACAGUUUGACGUUGCCUAUUUCUUUGCUAUAAAUAUCUCGACACGGCGGCGGCGCGCUCUUUUCGAAAAGGAUCCCGCGUCUGGUAAAUGUUACGACGUUUAUGACACCUAGCGCAACUCGAUAUUGCGCUCCUCGACCCGCGUUCUGUUAUCCGCGCGACUUUCUUCUUAUUAAUAUAAUUGGACACGCGGUUGCUCUGAGCUGAACAGGCGAGGAUGCCCGAAGGAUUCUAUCGCAGAUUCGAUUUCUAAAUCUGUCUCUUUUAUCUCUUUUAUCUUGAAAUAAAUUCCAAUUUUUGAUGUGAUGUUGUCCAAGCUGGUAUUUAUUUAUUUUUUUAAUUGAAAGUCGAUUUUAAUAUUUUUUUUGUGACCAAAUUAAAUACAGGCUAUUAAACAUUGGUGAAUAUGAGACAUAGAUUUUCGCGAAUCUUCAAGUUUGUAUUUGUUUAAUUUACGUUUCUGGGAUUUUUCACAAAGAAUUUUCAAUGUAUUCCUUAAAAUAUUUUUUUGAACGGUUAAAAAAAAUAGAUAUUGAUACAUAUAAAGCUGCCGGUCCCUUUAAUUAAAAAAAUCUAAAUUGUAAAAUUCUGGAAAUUUUUUUUACGAGCGUUUGUAGGUCAACAAUUUGAGUGGACUUUUUCGUAAUAAGAGAUAGAUUUGAAUUUUUGAAUAAAACAAUUUGACUGUUAUAACAAUGCAAGUUUACACCAAUCUUCCUGACGGCUGAUGCCAGCCGGCGUUACCACGUUUUUUUCAGCGAGCUCGUAUUGUGUUAAAUAAAAAACAGAAAAAAAAUUGUAAAAUUUAAAUGGAUCCCCCCCCUUCGGCACCCGUGAAAAAUCCCAUCUUGCAUGAUAGAACCUUAAUUUCUUUCGUCGUCACGGUGCGAUUUCGAAGGUCUGCUUGCCGACAUCUUUCGCGUGCACUCUCGCGAUUAUUUCGCAGUAUUCUGCUACGUCCUGCCGAGAUUAACCCGCGAGCGAUCAUUAAGUUGUCUGCUCCUAGACAAUGAUACGUCUUUGUUUGCCUUUACAUAAUGUGACCGCAGAAAUUAUCUCAUGAAUAACUUGAGCCACUUUUACUUUCAGUCUGUCGUAUACCGUGUAUGCAUACUUGAUGAUAAGCGCUUAAAAAGCAAAACUAUUAAUUUGUAAAAAAUGUAAGUAGGCUAACUGUCCUUUCGUGAAACUUUUUAUGAUACAAGCUUUUGUUUGACUUCUUGCGGAUUAAGAUGUCACGUUUAAAUCUCUCUCGUUUGCAUAUAUUUCCGCGGUUUUAAUUUAAAGCAAAGCACCUCUCUUUCUUAGCAGGACCGUUCGCGCGGGGUUAACGAUCGUUUCAAAGAGAAACGAUCCCGAGAACUCCCGAGCGCCUCCCCCCCUCCGCGCGUAGCAAGGGUCUUAAAUGCCGUUUGGUCGCCGUUAAAAAAAAAAAACCAACCCGCUGCAGCCGUGGGUUUAUGACGCAAGCGGAAGUUCAUCCACUCGAGCCCGAAGCGAGGCGCGCGUCACCGAUAUUCCCGGAGCGGUUCAAACGAGCCGCCAUAACUCGACCGCGAUACAAUUUCGUGCUAUGUAUCGAGUAUGUCGCGCGCGGCCACGUAUCGAAACCUGUUUAUUCCGGUGGCGCGAAGAAGCGAUUUUUUUUCUCUUUCUUUUCUUUUCUUUUUUUUUUUCACCGAAAGACCAAGUAAGAUAAGCCGGGGUGACAUAACGCGCCGCUCACGCAGCCACGCUGCGCGGUGGUGGUUCACCUUUCUCUCUCGAAUUCGAGUUUGGAAACAACAUGGCUGCCCGAUCGCGCCGGCCGGUUGCUCGCUCGCUCGUACAACUCGAUCGCAGGGCACUGGCAAUGCACAACACCGCCCUCUCCCCUCGGGUUGCUACCGGCCGGCCGAUCCCAGGAGUCCUUCUCUCCCCCUUUCUCGCCGCCAUCGUUGGCCGUCCAUGUCGCAAUCGUUAGCACAUACCCGGGCGUAAUCACCUUGGAGCGGCUUCGUUGACGGUCGCGGCGGCGGUGCGAUGCAUAUGCAACGCGCGUUCGCAAAAUUCGUCGCGACGUUGAAACGUACUCGACGUGGCGGCCCCUUUCAAAUGAGUUGUACAUCGUCGCGGUCGCGAAGGAGUCGACGAGCCGGAAUUGCGAAAUGGAACGUGAGCGUGUCGGUAUGCCUCCCCUUUCCUCCACUUCCUCUGCCGGCAUCAUCGUCGCCGUCGUCGUCGUCGUCGUCGCCGUUCUGGAAUUUCAUCGGACGAAAUAAUCGCUGCUGACUCGCCCACGCACGUCGGAAUAACCGCGCGCUCGUAUCGAAACGUGUCCCUUCCCUCCCUCUCUUCGCCUCCUCCUCCUCCUCCGUUGCUCGCGAGUGAAAAUUGCAUCGGCUACGAUGGCGAAAGUCUGUCAGCUCACAUAAUCCGGGGAUCGCGACGUUUUUCCUGAAAUAAUUCAACGUUGCGAAUUUGCUUUUUUAUCUUACGCAUUUGUGCAUACAAGACAGGUUCCUUCACUUCUAGAUCUAUAACCUCGAAUGUAAGCGCGAUAAAAUACCUGACGUCAUGUAAAAUAUGAUCAUAAACGUUCGUCUAUGAAAGCUACGAUAUGAUGUAGAUAUCGGCUGUGAGAAGCGGGGCGCUAUGGCAUAACUAAGGCUCUUUUAUUAGCUCCAGCAUUUAUGCUUGAUUGAAAACAAAGCGACUUUUUAAUACAUUCUGGUGCAAAAAAAAUAUUAUGAGAGUAAAACAAUUUAUUGAAUUAAUUUUUAAAUUUAUUUAAUGCCUCUCAUAUUUUAUCGCAAAAUUUACAUAAAUAUAAAUGCGUGUUCGAAUGAGGCCCGCCUAACUUAUUUUAUUUUUUUUUAAAUUUUAUAAGAUGUUGAAUUAAAUCUUGUAAAAAUAAAAUCUUAAUUUCAAUAACUUAGAAAAAUAAAAUAUCUAUUAUGGCUUUCCUAAAUUAUUUCUAAAUAAACAAAAAAUGCACACUGCUUAUCGAACAGAUCCUUAAUCAGUCUUUGUAUUUUAUAGUUUUAUAGUUUAAAGCUUUCUUUGCGACCAGAGAGUUGAGGAUACUUUACGUGUUAGGAUUAAUAAAAAUUUUUAGCUUCGCACGGGUUGUGCGAUAAUGUGUCUCUCUGUUGUGUCAGCAAAUUUUGUUGUAUAUUUGCCACACGUAUAUUUGCUGACAUCAUUCAAUGAAACAAAUUUUGCAUAAAAUUUGAUACUUUUUGUCGACAAAACUUUUAGCAAGCAAAUUUGUUUCCAACAUACUUAUUGUUAGUUGACUGACGUUGAGUAUAUCUAUUAUAAUUGGCCAUACAAGUGGGUCUUAUUUGAAUACGUCUGUUCUAAAAAAAUAUAUUUAAUCUAAAAAAAUAUGAUAUUAUAAUGUGUUAUAAUAAAUCAUAACAUGUAAUGUAUAUUUAAAAACUUUUUAAAAGACUUAAUAUUUAUUGCAGCGAAUUUUAAAAAAAUACAUGAACAUCUCGUCACAAAAUUUUCAUCAUAUUGAAUAAACAUGUUGGUGGUUUUAAUUGUUUAAGCAUCUUUUUAUCAAGUCUAUGCUACAUCUUUUAUAAAAUAUACUUUAGGUAUUUUAAAUGACACAUUCAAAAUGGAUCUUAUUUUAUGUUGAGUUUUGUUCAGAUUUUGUAAGAAAAUAGCUCAAGUUUAACCGCGCAGUUGUAAACUAAAAUUUUCUAUAAAAAAAAAACUCAGUGCUUAGUAAAACAUGUAUAUUACAAAGAUUCCAUUUUUCGAAGGAAAAAAAAAACGAAUCAAAACGCAGUGCAUUCUGGACUUAAUAAUAACAUAUAUACUUUUCACAUUUCUCGACCUAAUAAUCUUGCACGAUCUUUUUUAUCACGUUUGAGAAAUUCGUAUUAUCGGCGUCCGAAAGGGGUACGCAUACCUGACUUUUUAAAUAAACCUCACGUACCAAGCGAGAAUCUCGACGCGACGUCGAGAUGCAAAAGGUGAUGUUUUACCGUCGGCGCGGUACGAGUCUUAUCGGGCUUAAUAUUUUCAGUUUCAAGUCCGCCUUCGAUGAAAUCAGCUGAUCGUCGUGUCCUGAAAGGCACGGACGUUUCGCGCGCGCUCUCCCACCCGGUGAUAACUCGCUCGUAAACGAAGCCUCGGUGACGUAACGAUGCAGUACGCGUCGUAAAUUAUGAUCGAUAAUGUAACCUUGUGCGUGCGAAGGUAACGCAUGGACACGCGGCAAGAGAGAGAAGGGGAGGGGAUUGCAAGAGAAGAAGGGAGAUGCACGACGUUCCUCGCACGGCUUCCGCACGGGACUCCCCGUCGAUCUCUCUCUCUCUCUUUCUCUCUUGUGGACAUUAUUAUGCCUUCCACUUAAGCCGGCAAGGAAAUCAUCUUGCUGCGUAGUGAUAAUACGUCUCGCUUUAACCGUGCGCGCGUCUCUCUUUUUUUUUCCUAUCUUCAUCUCCGACUCGCGUCCGAUUCCGCGAGAAGCGGAAUCGAGGUGUACGCGGCGAGGCGAGCCACGUAGAGUGCGAAAUUGAUUGUCGGCCGUAUGUGCUCUCUCCUUUCCUCCUUUCUUGUUUUUUUUUUUUCUACUUUGCGGCGCACAACUUAUUAGUCGUGUUUGAGCAAAGAGAAACGGUUCCGUCGUUGGUGCAUGGCAAAAUCGAGGAUGAAGGAAGCGAACAAACGCGCGGGACGCCGUCUAUCUCGCCGCUGUCGUCCGCAAAUUAUACGACUGAUCUCGCUCGAGGGUAAUACUUAUUGAUUUUCCGAGUGCCGGCUGUGUCAUUAUUUCGAGCGACGACAAGCAUGGCGGAUCCGUAGUUUUUCGUACUCUUUUGAGCCGACGUCCAUCUUUUCGAUACUACGCAUGGAUAUACUUCCUUCACUCGAAGAAGAAACCUCCUCCGAGAAAUUCGUCAUGCGUGUCGUGCGUGCAAAGCGCGCCGAAGAAAAAAAAAAGAAGAAAAUCGAUAGAAAAUAAAAACGACUUUUCGCCGAAGCUCCGUCGCGUCGCCGGAUGUUGCCGGAUGAGGAAACAACGUUGCAUAAAAACUUUACCGCCGCGUUCGACGUUUCCGCGGAACGCACGAGGACGCGCGCGCGCGCGCGCGCGCGCGCGUGUGUGUGUGUGUGUGUGUGUGUGGUGUGUGUGUGUGUGUGUGUGCGGAAAAGUGGCGCGUACGCCACACUCGCGUCGAGGAGAGAAAAGCGAGGUCGGGCCUUUCUCAGAAAAGUGGGUCGAGAAGGUAUCCGAUUGUACACAGCGCGCGCGCGCGCGCAUCCGCCGGGGGAGAGGCGCCGGCAGCCGCCGCCGGCCGGCGCGGCGUCGCGGCGUCCUUGUCUAGAGGAGCGUAUAGUUAGACCGCUUUCGCACGUCGCGGUUUUUCGCCGCGUGCUCUUUCGGCGUGCGCCGUUAAAUCCCCAACGGGGAAUUUAACCUUUUGACGGUGACGGCGCGGACGCGCCGUGUCGAAACGCCGCGCGCCGCUGCCGCGGCUGGCCGAGGCCUCGAUUCCGCUAAUGUGUCAAGAACAGCUGACAGAACGUGGUAAAACGUCGAAAGAUUUCACGCUGUCACGUACAACGGCACACGGCGGAGUAUCCUAGACCCAGUGAGCCGCCUUUCACGUUCCGGGUCUCCUUGCGCAAUAUUCGGCGGGUGGACGUGACGUUCGUCCCCCUAGACGAAAAAUGUUGAGGAAGAUCAUCGCGAGCUUGUAGUAUUUUUAUAAUAUUACAUUCUUCGUAAUUGAUGGUCAGAUCGAUUAAACUCAAAAUAAAAUUAUGUGAAGAAUAGAACGCGUGGUUAUCGACUGUUUUUACUGGUAUCUUCGUUUGAAAAAAGAUCGGCUCCGAGUUGAAUGAAAUCUAAGGAGGAUUUGCUUUUCUCUUAAAAACAUGACUAGUACGGAAAGUAAAGCGUACGAGAGAAACUGACUGUGGCAUCAGGCCUGCAGGCAACAACAAAUCGUAAUGUGCGAAAGAGUCUUUUAGCCAGCGUUGCUAGCGUGCUGUCAACAAUCACGGAGGGAAACAACAAGCGAGAUUUCACUGCCGCCUCACACGAAUCCCGGUUUCCCUCGCGUCGUCUCUCCCCGCCGCUGUUCUUAUCGACGUUCCGUCCUGAUUCUAGGUGCGCUCGGGCCGGAUUUAUUUUAUUAGCGUCUCGGUGAUGUGGGACGAGCGAGCGAGUGACUGACCGUCGGCCUUCCGUUUCAUCGAUUAAGCGAUUUUAUGCGGAUGCGCGCUGCGCAGCACCGCGAGGAGAUUGUAGGCCGGGAAAAUGGACGGAACAGUUGUUCAGAGGUUCAUCACCAAGGCGGCGAGGGAUCGCGCGUUUUCUUUUUCUUUAUUAUCGAGCGCGCCUUCGCGAUUUGCGCGCCGGCAAUGAUUCGACCGAGUUGAGUCUGCGAAUCUGUGUUUGUACUUUUGUGUCUGUGUGUAUGUGUGUGUGUGCCGAGUCAUUCGCCCCGCGGAAGGAGAGACGCACGCGGUGUCUCCCGGACGGCUGUCCGUGUGCCGAAGCGCGAAACAACUGGCGCUUAUUAUUGUCGUUCCUGUUGAAGCCGAGCGGACGACUCACCGGCGCGGCGCGUACGUGUUUGUUGACGAUCGGGGAUUUAAAUCCGGCGUGGAAAACCCGAGGGAAUCUACGUAUUUUUGCGCAUCUCCCGCGCGCGGCAAUAGCUACGUGGAUGGAACGAGGUGAAAACUGCCGUUUUUUUUCACGGUGUUGUGUCACGCACGCGAGAGCCACGUAUCGACGUUGAUCACGAAACGCGUUGCGUUAAAAUAAAAAAAAAAAAAAACAAUUAAAAAACGAAGGAAAGAAAAGAAAAUACGUCACUCGCGAGUUUCGGAACGCUCCGAUACGCGUGUGGUAAACGCCCCUUGCUAAAUUCACAGGGUCCCAUAAAAAUGACGUAAGAGGCGUACAUAGCAAGUUCCGUGAUUACGUACCACACUUCUACUAUCCGUGCUAUUUUCUUGCGGUAUACUCGCGCGCGAUCGACAUCGAUAUCAUUAUCGUUUUCGCUUCUCCGCGCUACACUUCGUUAACUUUGCGAAUGCAAAUGCGCCAUGUACACGUUACGUGCGUUACACGCGCGGAGUCGCGAGCGUUCUCCCGUGUUCGUCGCGGCGACGAGAACACGAAGCAUCGUGUGCACGUGUGGAAGUCGUUUAUCUUAAUGCGCUCUUUAGUUACCUCGUUGACUCGCCGGAAUUUAGAUCGCCGUAGUCCAGCGCGACGUGUGCGUAAGCGCCCUUCUAUCCCCGAUCGUAUAGCUGUGCAUCGAUAAAACGGGACGGUACACUCUCCCCCUCCCUCUUCUCUCUCUCUCUCUCUCUCUCUCUUUCCCUCUCCCUUUCUCUCCUUUUCUCACUAAUGCGCGUUGGUACGGGGACGUUAAACGCGUUCAUUCAUCGUGUUUCGCGCGAUCGCUCUAAUACAGAAUGUUCCUAUGUUCGCAUUUUCGACCGCUCUCUUGCCGUUUCAACGGAGCUGCCUCGAUAUAUUUCCAGAACGCUCAAGCAUCCCGAAAAUCUCGAGAAAACUGUUUCAAUAAUUUUUCGAUAAAGCGUACAGAUAAGAUAUUCGAAUCGAGCUCCUCGUCUCUAUCGUCGAAACACAAACGCUCCGUUUCGAUAGCGGUAUCGCUUUCGCUGCGUUCCUUCGUCGCUACCUGUCAAUCCGAAUUGGAUCGAGCAGCACAGCCGCGCGCGGGGAUUAAAAAAGAAUUCCAAGGAGGACGACGAGGUAAAGCACGCGGGGUAGAGGCGCAACGGAGGGGAAGGGAGGAAGAGAAGGAACGAAAACAAACUUUCGCUGCGUACGACGGGGAGCUCCGGCGUGGGUUAUGUACGUGAGUAAGGCGUAUAUAUAUAAAGAGAAAGAAAGAGAGAGAGAAAGAGAGAGAGACUCGACACACACACACACACACGACGAGAAUCGCGUCGUCGCGCAGCAGCAUGGUGAGCGGCGCGCGAGAGACGAGAGAGGGAUACACGAGGGGGAUUUAAAAGGGGGCCAGGAGAGGGGCGAAAGGCGGCCACGUACGACGUAUACGAUAUACGUACGUACUCUGUAACAGAAGAGGAGCAUGUGCCAGAGCCCCGCUGUCGUAGCGCGCGUGGUAUUUUACGCAACGUCGGCUGUGAUAUAACGGCGAGGUAUAGAGAGGCUUCGCCCUCUCCCUCCCUCCCUCCCUCCCUCCCGUUCCGCCUUUCCCUCUCGCUGUCUGUGCUUUACUAUACGCCACAGAUACGCACGACGGGACGUGCGUCGAAACGCGCGCGUGAAGGCGCGCUAAAAACGCACCCGUAUGGUUACGUGCGACGACGUAACGAGGACGUCAAACGUCGCUCGCCCGAGUCCGAAUCGUUAACGGUAAACGGUGUUGCAUCGACACGCACCCCUAUCACUCCCCCCGUUACUCGGACUCGGCGAUUUGCUUCUCGUUUCUGCAGGCGAUCGGCCUGAAAAAGGUUCGCGGAGAACCGCGACGAACCGACAGAGUGACGUCAGUCGCGUAUGUAUACGUAUAUACAUAUAUGUAUAUACGUGCCCGAUGCACGCGUGUUUUCUCGCGGUACGCUCGUCGAACGGAAGAUAACACGAUACGUGGGUGAAUUCGACGACACCCGGCCGGGGGGGGGGGGGGCGAAGGAACGCGCAUACAUUGAUCGCGUAACGUACACCGCGCGCUCACUUUUCACGACACGUGUUGCUAUACGGAUAAAGUUUCGAGUUGCGCGGACAAAACGUCGGCGGACAAAAUUUUACGGCGACCCCCGGCAGUUGUAUACUCUCCGCUCUUUGCAAUCCAACGGCGUAUAGAUCGGAUACGACGCGAAUAGAAUACCCCGUUAAAGGAAAAAAAAAAAAAAAGAGAAACAGUAUAGUAAAGUAUACCCGAUACUAGAGCAUCGUUCAUCCUUAUAAUUCCCAGGCAUCGUCGUCGCGCCGCGCCGCGGUAAUCUCCGCUCGAUACACGACGACGGGCCGCUUUGCAUUUUGCGGCCGCCGCGUGCCAUUUCGUCCCGACAAUGAGCCGGCUGUACAAUACAUAGCGGUUACGUCGGAGUGCUCCUAUGGCGGGGCGCUCUCUCUCUAUAACGUAGCCUCGCGCGCGCGCGAGACUCCAUGGCAAUGGGUGUGGGUCGCGUUUACCCGGUUUCGCUGGACCCGGCCGAACCCAAUGACCUAAAUGAUACGGCGAAGCGGGUCGCAGCCUAGAUUCCGCCGCGGGGGCCGGCCUCUUGCCGCCGCCGCCGCCGUCGUCGUCGUCGCCGCCGCCGCACGCGCCGACAAUGAGCAAACGUAGCGUAUCUCGCGCAGCGCCGCCGCCGCCGCCGCAGCCCAGAUUUUCACUUUCGCGCGCGGGAGUUGACACUCUCGUCUCGCCGAUAACGAAGUGUAUCGAGAGAGGGAUCGGCGGGGCGUGCGUGCGAGCGAGCGAGCGCACGCAUGCCGCGGUAAAACCCGAGGUUGCCGAGGUUACAUGGAUCGCUGGCGAGUUAAGGAACUGGUUCCCGCCGGGUGACAGGUAUCGCUCUCGCGCACCACGGCUGUCGCCGCCGCCGCCGCCGCCGCAGCUCGCGUUGUUGUUGCACCACACACCGCCGUCGCAGCGUGUUUGCACCCGGAGAAAAAUCGCACGAUCACGUGGAGAGAGUCUCGGUACUAUGAGCCUAACCAAACGCAUAGACGAGAUCAGGCUGCUCGAGUCACGUAAGAGCGCACGACUAGCCGAUCAGGACACGGAUUUCGCCAGGCUUGCCGAUAUGGCCGGCGAUCGUAAGCGGGCGUCCUCCCACUCUAUCGACGUGCCACACGUGAUGGCAUCCAGGAAACGACGGCCGAGCUCGAACAAUGAUUCCGAGCGGACGUACAGCGGUUGGGGCGAGAGGGUGCUCUGCGGACGUGAGGGUUGUCGCACCAACGAACGCGGUGAUUGCAUGGACGAAUGCGCUGCCGCCCUGGUCCUUAUGUCGCUCUCGUGCUCACCUCACAGUCCUCACAACCCCCCGCCACUUCACUGCCAAUACAAUUACGGUUCCUGGGGGAGUCGUGGAGGCGGAGGUAGCGGCAUGAUCGCCGGCUCACCGGGAGUCGGCGGUAUGUCAAAUAGCAGUAGCAGCAGCGGGGCUUCCUGGCGAAGCGGCACUCCCAGCCCGCCCCUCAGCGAGGAGGGUGUACCGACGAGGAGUUCCCCGUGUCCGGCGACCUCGCAUCCCUCGCACAAUCAGCCGCACUACCCCUACAACGCGUCUGGCUCGUCGUCGAGCAGCACCCCAGGCUCGACCACGUUGGAUGAGGGAAUAGUGCCCGACUAUAUCGAGGAACAACACCCACGUAAGAAGAUUCGAGCGAAAGUCAACCAGGACCCGAUCGAGACGGAGCCAGGCGCUUGCGCGACUUUCGAGAGCGAACAGGCGAAUGCGGCAGUGGUCUUCAAGUGCACUUGGCCGGGCUGCCUGGAAAUUAAAGCGACCGUCGCGCUUAUUGAGGAACAUGUGCGCCAGUCACAUCUGGGUCCAAAGAAGUCCAAGGGAUGCGACAGCGAGGACGAUAUGUCCGUUCACGAGGAGGAAUUCUAUUAUCAAGAAGUUGCUGUGGAUCACAUGAGCUCGCCUCCCACGAUGUCUCACCGGGACAUGGCAAGACCGCCGCAUGAGGAUCCAGAGUAUCAGAAGCAGCUUCGUCUCGAGGCGACUCCUGCCGCGAAUAACUACAUCGAGAACGUAAUUGUCGGGGUCAGAGAACCGAGCAACACGUUUACGAUCUCGCAAUCGCCGGGUACGCCCAACAAACACAUCAAACUGUCCCCGCGGCCAUUGCAAGCGUGUCAUCAACAGAAUAUGACAGCGUCCACGGGCAAGCCGUCCUCCCCGCGGCGAACUCGCAGCGAUGUUAAAAAAUGUCGCAAGAUCUACGGUAUGGAUUCACGCGACCUCUGGUGCACUCAGUGCAGGUGGAAGAAGGCCUGCACCCGUUUCUGCAGCGAAUAGGCCAAGCGUCCGCCCCGUUCGUACGUCCGUGGGCGGAAACCCUUGUCAAGUCGACCCCAGAGUUUGCCAAUGCUACGUUGAACAUUAACACCAACUGCCAAAUGCCAAUCAUCGUCGGAGAUACGACGCGACGUCGAGAAAAAAAAGCUCCUGCAUUCGGAGCACGAGAUGCGAAACCGCCAAUUAUAUCGCCGGUUGUAGCGAAAAGUGUCACCCUAUGAGUUAUUCCAGCAUACGCCGGGAUCUCUCGUAAAAAAGUAAAAUGCAAAGCUCGUAAAAGCAGCGUUACUUCCUCGUCUCUCUGUCCUCCGUCUGCCGUUGAGACGGUAUACACGAGUUUCGAAGAAAAACACUCGAGAAUUAUGGUUGGCGGGUAGCUCUAUAGGGCCGAUAUUCGUGAAUGAUAUAACAUCUUUCUUCUAGUGCUCAUGGAGGAAAUUACCGACAUAAGAGAGAGAUUUAUCUGAACGAUUUCCGCCCGUACGUGUUUUGCACUUGGCAAACUCCGACAGCGGGUCCCUUAGCCGUAACGAGGGACUUUUCGAUUAAUAGAUAGCGAAUAAUUGGCGCACGGAGCGAGGCGACCUCAGACUGUUGCAUUCUCUCGCUCCCAACUCGCCUGACGAAGAGAACCUUUUGGUUCGGUAUGAAUGAGAUACGUACUCGCACUCGGAGCGUGCAUGCAUGUCCUUCGAAGUGCUGAUUCCCGAACCGUCUCUUAGGUCAUUGCAAUAGAUCUUCCUUCUUCCGCCAAGAGCGCGAACGUUAACGCGCUCUCGGUAAUGAUGGAACUAAAAGGUGUUAGGAUCGAUUCUCAGGGACGCCGUUCGGCCGAUCCCUGAGGAACGAGCGAUCGAAUUUAACGGACGAAGGGAAGACCGUCGGAAUCGAUGUUCGGUCUGACCGAUGUUCAAUGCAAAACGAACGCAGACAAGCAAGAUUGACAAGUCUCGCGUGGAACAGAGCUGCUAAUUGUGAUAUUGUAUCUAAAUUUAUUGGAUCUGCCGCGAAUCUGCCUGCAGGAGAGCGCAAAGGCGUGUAAAGAAAUGAGAAAA